CCCCGGGGGAGCGGGCGGGGGGCGGGAGCCGGCGCGGCGGCGGCGGAACGGCAGCGGCGGAGCGGAGCGGCCCCGGGCAUGCUCCCGGAGCCCAAGUAUGACCGCUUCCGCGACGAGCCGCUGACCGCCCCUAUGCCGUCGCCGGUCCCCGGGCCGAGCCCCGCGGCGGGCGAGGAGCCCGAGCCCGGUACCACCUUCUGCGCGCUGCUGCCGCGGAUGCCGCAGUGGAAGUUCCCCGGUCCCGGCGGCUUCCUCGGUCGCGGCCCCUCCGCCGGUACCGGUGGCGGCCGGGACCUGUCAGCGCCGGCCCGGGCGGGUCCCCCCUCGGCGCUGGCAGCCGUGUUGGCCGCCUGCGAGCCGCUGUGCCCCGCCGCACCGUGCGCGUUACCGGCGGGCGGGCGGGCGCGGGGGGCGGCGGGGCGGGCGGCGGCGGCGGCGGCGGCGGCGGGGACCCGGCCGGGAGCGGAGGAAUGGAGCCGCAAGGGCAGCUUCAUCCGCAAACCGGCGCAGGGUUGGCUGCACCCCGACGAGCGGGUGCUGGGGCCCGGCGUCUCCUACAUCGUCCGGUACAUGGGGUGCAUCGAGGUGCUGCGCUCCAUGAGGUCCCUCGACUUCAACACCCGCACGCAGGUCACCAGGGAAGCCAUCAAUAGACUGUAUGAAGCAGUGCCUGGCGUGAAGGGCAUCUGGAAGAAGAAGGCUCCCAACAAAGCCCUUGUCUCCAUCCUGGGCAAGAGCAACCUGCGCUUUGCUGGCAUGAGCAUCGCUGUCAACAUCUCUGUUGAUGGGCUGAACCUCAUGAUCCCCACCACACGCCAGAUCAUUGCCAACCACCACAUGCAAUCCAUCUCCUUCGCCUCCGGUGGGGACACGGACACCACGGACUACGUCGCCUACGUCGCCAAGGACCCCAUCAAUCAGAGAGCCUGCCACAUCCUGGAGUGCUGCGAGGGGCUGGCGCAGAGCGUCAUCAGCACGGUGGGCCAAGCCUUUGAGCUGCGCUUCAAGCAGUACCUGCACAGCCCCCCCAAGGUGGUGGUGCCCCCGGACAGGGCGCUGGGUGCCGAGGACUCGGCCUGGGGGGAGGAUGAAGAUGCGGCCGAACACGAUUAUUACAACAGCAUCCCCGGCAAGGAGCCGCCCCCGGGCGGGCUGAUCGACUCCCGGCUCCGGCACGGCCCCAGCUUGGGCCACAUCCGCACUCAGCCCUCCGGCUCCAUCCCCUCCAGCCAGGCCGGGUUUGCAGGCAGGCGAGACCAGAGCAUCCAGCCAGGGCUACACUGGGAGCUGGAGAGCCAGGGCCAGCCCGGGGAUGGGUACCUGCAGGCUGAUGGCCACCCCUUGGGACCACGGGACUACGAGGAGCACAUGUAUGUGAACACACAGAGCCUGGAUGCCUGGGAGCCGGAGGCAGCGGCGGCUCGGGGGGUGCCGGAGGAGAGCCCCAAGAAGGACCUCUUUGAUAUGAGGCCAUUCGAGGAUGCCCUGAAGCUCCACGAGUGCAUUGUGGGGAACAGCAGCAGUCCCCCCAUCGAGGACCAGUGGCCGAGCCCCCCAACACGGAAGGCUCCCAUUGCCCCCACUGAGGAGCAGCUCAGGCGGGAGCCGUGGUACCAUGGGAAGAUGAGCCGGAGGGAUGCAGAGAGGCUCCUGCAGAUGGAUGGGGACUUCCUGGUGCGGGACAGCCUCACCAACCCGGGGCAGUACGUGCUGACCGGCAUGCACAGUGGGCAGCCCAAGCAUCUGCUGCUGGUGGAUCCCGAGGGAGUGGUGAGGACCAAGGACGUGCUGUUCGAGAGCAUCAGCCACCUCAUCAGCCACCACCGGCAGAACGAGCAGCCCAUUGUGGCCGCUGAGAGCGAGCUGCACCUCCGCCAGGUCGUGCAGAGGAAGCAGUGACACCGGGGGUACGUGAGCCCCCAACCCGCGGCCCUGGCACCGGACUCACCCCAGCCCUGGGGUAAAGCCAGGCCCCCCCUGCGCUCC